AUGGCAAACCAGAGAAGAAUUCCCGUUAACAAUGCAGAUGAGGACAUUGAAGGCCAGGAUCCCAGAUAUACUGUUAGGGAAGCCAUUCCGAUGGAUCCAUUUCAUUUGGAAAACGGUGGUAAACCUCCUUCACCACCUGUUUCACCAGUCCGUCCUCCUGAGAGACCAGAUGGAGGACAUCCUCAAUGCUCAUUCCCUAAUGGACUAAACAACGGACAUCCUCGACCUCCUCUUACCCAUGAUGAGCCACUGUAUGCUACUGUCAACAAAACAGGAAAUUUGUCCAAAACAGUAGCUGCAGACCUACAAAGACCCACGUCUUCCUCAGGACAUUGUCACAAGAAUGUUGUCUGCAAGACUAUGUGCAAGGUGUUGAACGGUAGAAGGAAAGGGGCUGGGAAGAAGGAAACAGAACCUGGCUCCGUAGUUGAGAAGGGUCGUCUUCUGAGCCCUGGUCCUGAGAUCACAACCUAUGCAUGGUACAGUACCAACACCAUCAGUCUUGCCCACUGCAUCGCCAUCUCCAUCUCCUCCACCCACACCCCCUCCUCCAACACCACCACUGCCGUCACCAUCAUCAUCGCCAUCAUCAUCACCACCCCAACCAUCACCGCCAUUCCACUGCCAUCACCAUCAUCACCACCACUGCCAUCCCCAUCAUCAUCAUCACCACCACCCCCAUCAUCAUCAUCAUCACCAUCACCACCAUCAGAUGGCAUUCCAGCACAGGAGAAUGGUUUAGGGGAAGGUGAUGUUGAGAAAGACAAUGGGGGUGCUGCUACCAAGGAAGGGCAUGACACCAAUGCCCAUUCUCCAGGGGAAGAGACUUCAUCUACAAGUUCCUCAGUGGGCGCCAAGGUUACCAAUGAUCUUGUAAGGGGAGCAGAGGGUGGUGCCAGCAGCCUACCACCAGUGACCCCUGGAGUGAAGAAUCUUCCAGAACCAGGAGAUGAGGUUGGAGAGAAGAAUGAGGAGGAGCUCAAGAAUAAAUCCAUCAACCCAGAUGAGAUUGUGUCAGAGAAUUUUCUGGAUGAUGUAACAGACGUAAUUAACCUGACCUCGUUGGAGCGGAUCAGUCGCAAAUUCGGCCUCACACAGGUAGUCAUUGACAACCUGAAAGACUCGUUGCGGAAUACUAGUCCAAAGAACAUUGGAUUCCACAUUCUACAGGCUGUCCUCAAAUAUCAGGGAUGCAAGUUGACAUUCCGGUGUUUGUUAACAGCCAUCAGAGACUGUGGUAAUAACAACGCUGCUGAUAAGCUGAUCGCUACAUUCAGGAUCGACUUGAAUCUCGAGAAAAGAUGACAAGCUGGACCGACAUGUCCAUAGAUAUGUACUGGUAAUAGGAAGUCCAUCUGAAAAAGUGCAUGACUGGGUUCAGUUGGUUCCUUCAUUGGAUCUUCAUUAGGAAUGAUGAGAGUUCAAUCUCUUCCAGAGCAUUCCAGCUGUAGACUUGUCGUAAGUGGAAUAGUUUAAAGGGAGUGUAUCAUGAUGAGACUAUGUGUCUAUCCCGUGGCCAAUCGGGUAUAAUACGACUACGGACGAUGUGACCGCAGUAUUCAUGCGCGUGCACGAAUAGUGAAGCGUGAGGAGAACUUCGGUCUGUUUCACGAACGCCAACGCGCUGACCCAGUUAAUCAAGUCCAUUCGUUUACGUGCAGUUGUCCAAAAGAAGACGUAGAUGGCAUCAACCAGUAAUUCCCAUGAUACACUCCCUUUAAACAAUUGAAUUGAGAUGCAGAGGUUAUGGGUUCAAUCCGUGGCAUGGCACUUAUGUUGGAACAACAACAAAAAAAGAAAGAUUUUUUUGAUUUUUUGUUUGAAGUAAUUUUGAUUUGUGUACAUGUACAGC